AUGCCCGAGGACGUGGCCGGCAUCCUCAUUGCCGCCGCAAAGGCCCCAGGGACACACAAGCGUCCGGGCGGGCCGCUGCUGAUGCUCGGGGUGCUGUCAACCGCUUUGACGGCGGACAGCAGCAGCGACAGCGCGGCGGCAGCGACGGCGGCGGCCGCAGCCGCAGAGCGCAUCGCCGGGGACGGCGCUCUGAUGGAGGUCGUGCGGCGCGAGCUGGCGGGCGACAGGAACACGUUCUGGCCAGCCCUGCGGCUGGUGAGGGUCCUGCAGAACCAUUCCACGCGCCGCUGCCUGCAAGAGGCCGCCGCUGCCGUGCUCGGCGACGGGUCGUCCGUGCUGCUGGGCGGCGGCGGGGCGCGGCUGGACGACCCAACCCUGGCUGACCGGCUGUCGGUGCUGGCGCUGCUCACUGCCGCGUGCGGCGAGCAGCAGCGUGCGGCUGUGGCAGCUGUGGUCGUCAAGCACGGCGGCAUUGCGCUGCUCCUUAGGGCGCUGAACGGCCAAGAUUUUGUAAUCAAAGCCAACGCUGCCAUAGUGCUGGCCGUGCUCUGCAGCUGCCCCCUCUCCUGCGCGGCCGUCUCAGCGCACCCGGCGGCGCUGGCGACGCUCUGCAAGCUCCUUCGCGACGCCAGCGAGGCGGCGCGCGCCGCGGACGGCAAAGAUGCGUUAGAGCUGGUCGCCCUCGCGGCCGAAGCGCUGCGGGCGAUCUCCUGCCUGAUUGCGCACAGCGCCGCCACACACGACGCGUUUGCUGCGAUGGCGCUGGCCCCGUCUGGCUCAGGCAUCCUGGACGCGGUGGCGCAGCAGCUGGCGACGGCUGCAGUGGAGGAGUCUGGCGGCCGCGCCGACCGUCAACGCCUGCCAGGCCUAGCCUACGCCGCCACCGCCCUCAACGCCAUCAUAUGCGCCGCGCACCGUGACGGCCGACUCCCGGCCCUGCAGGCGAGGCGUUCCCUCGUGCUUGGAGCUGCCCAGGCGCUGGUGCGGCUCGCGGAUGAGUUUCGCAAGGACGGGCAGCCGCGUAACAGGGGGCCGUCGGCGGAGCAGGAUGUGGGGUGGAGGCCGAAGGCCGCCGAGAAGCUUGUGGUGGCGCUGGACUGCUUCAUGGACGCCAGUGCAGACGGCGCCGUCGCCACCGCCGCGCUCGAGGGGUUGCGCGAAUGCAGGCCCGAGGCGCUGCAGGCUUUCAGUGACGCGGCGGUGUGCGUGGCCAGUGUCCUCCUGGCGGUGCGGCCAGAUGACGACAUGGGCGGGGAGACGCACCUGCAGAGUCUGCAAAACAAGACAUCUCGCUCAGCGGUUACGGUGUCCUGCAAUGUUGUGAAGCGGUUCCAGGAUCUGCAGCAGCAGCAGCAGGAGCCGCCGCCGCAGCAGCAGCAGCCGCAGCAGCAGCAGCAGCAGCAGCAGCAGCAGCAGCAGCAGCAGCAGCAGCACAAUCCAGCUGACAGCACCACGAGCAGCAACCACAGCAGAGGCGGCCGCUCUUCAAACGCGGCACCCACAGCAGUUGGUGCGGCAGCAAGUUCGGAACAGGAUCAGCAGAAAUCGGUGGCCUCCAGCAGCAGCAGCAGCUGCAGCAGCGGCAGCCACGCUCUGCCCGUGGUCACCGAGGGCUCAUCUAAGCAGGGGUGCGCGUGCACGAGCGGCGAUAGAUGCGCGGCGUGCGCCAAGGCGCCGGCGGACGGCGCGCGGCUGCGCUUGUGCCGCGGCUGCCGUUCGGUGCGCUACUGCAGCCUGGAGUGCAUGCGCAGCGCAUGGCCCGGCCACCGCCAGGCAUGCCAAGAGAGGCAGGCAACAGCCAGCGUGGCCCCGGCACCACAGGCUGUUUGA